UAUAAAAGCCAAAAGACUGAAGCACAAGGAUUAGUCUUCACUGGGAACAGGAGGACUCUCCCUACCUUUAGGCAUCUGGGAGCUAUACUAAGCCCAUCAUGGGGGGUACCAAGCUCUGCCUUUUGCUUCUGCUGGGAACAUACACACUUGCACAGCAAGAUGUAGGAGGUGUUGAAGAACAAUCUCCAGUGUGCCACUUGGCCAAGAGAUUCAAGAACUUCCGGCGCUUUGUGUACGACUAUGAAGCUGAGACCUUUAACGGCGUGAAUGGAGCUACUGACAACAAGAGCGGCUCUAAAGUCUCCUGCAAAGUUGAGGUUGAUGUGCCCCAGACCUGUAGCUUCAUCCUACGCACAACAGAGUGUGCUCUGAGUGAGAUCUCUGGUGCGGAUGCUGAGGGCAACGCAGUGUAUCGUCCUGCUGCUGGAGAUGCAGCUUUCAAGGCUGCCAUGGCCAUGAACAACUUGAAGAUCACAGUUGAAGGACAGACUGAUGUGAAACUCUUUCCUGAGGAUGAGGAGUCUGACAACAUCCUGAACAUCAAGAGGGGAAUCGUCUCUGCUCUGCUCGUGCCAGUCAUGGAGGAGGAGAGGAACAAAGAAAUGCCUACUGUGCACGGCGUGUGCUCCAAUGUCUACACUGUCAACUCAAGAGAGGACAUUGCCACUGAUGUGAAUGUCACCCGGGAUCUUUCCAAAUGUGACAGGUUCAUUCCCCGCAGUCAGGACACAAGUCCCCUGGCCUUCCUCUCUGGCAUGAACAUCCCUCUGUCCAAGAUGAUUUCCAGCACCCAGACCUGCAACUACAAGUUUGACAACCAGAAGAAGCACAUGACAAGUGGUACCUGCACAGAGAAACAUCUCUUCCUGCCCCUGUCCCACCAGAAUGAAUAUGGAAUUUCUACUUUGGUGAAGCAGACUGUGACUCUGAGGGAGACCGCCAAGAUCAAUGACAGAAUCUUUGAGCGCAAUGAUGCCAACCUCAGGCUCUUGUCCAUGGAUAAUGUUGAUGAAAAGUCCCCUGUCCAGACCAAGGAUGCUGCCAUUACCAAAUUUCAGCAGCUGAACACCCUGUCCCAGACAGACCAGGGUGAGGAGCGAGCCAGCCUCUUCCGCAAACUGGUGACUGAUUUCCGUGGCCUGAAGGUUGAUGUCCUGGGAUCUGCUGUUGUUGAGAUGAUGGACAUGUCCGUCCCUCUGACAAUGCAAGCUCUGGUCCAGUGUGGUACCCCAGAGUGCACCAGUGCCCUUCUGAAGGUUCUCAGGACCUUUGACCAAGCUGCUCUGGAGGUUGAUGCGACUGUCUACGCCCUGGCACUGCUGCCUUCUCCCUCCCGCCUCAUGGUGAAGGACAUGCUGGCAAUGGCUCAAUACAAGAAAAGCAAACCCAUCAUGUAUGCUCUGAGCAAUGUGGUCAGGAAACUGUACCAGAGCGAGGGCGUCACCCCCGAGAUCACUGCUGUCUCUGAGUUCAUGGCUUCUCUUCUGGGCGCUGACUGUGCUGGGGACAAAGACCUGACCUUCAUGGCCUUGAGGGUAAUUGGUAACAUGGGAGAAGCAAUGGAGGAUGCUGACGCUGCUAUAAAGAACACCCUGCUGAAGUGCAUGAGACAGCCCACAACUACGCUGUCUGUGCAGCUGGCUGCCAUCCAGGCUUUCAGACGCAUGUCUGUAACAGAUGAGAUUCGCUCAAACCUCCAGAGGGUCAGCCAGUACCCCAAGGGUGCUGUGCAGAAGCGCCUGGCAGCCUACCUGAUUCUGAUGAGGAAUCCCCAGGACAGUGACAUUGAAAUGGUGAAGAAGCUCCUUACGCAGGAACAGAACGUGCAGAUCAAGGGCUUCGUGACCUCCCACAUCUACAACAUCAUUUCCUCCACUGAUUCAGAGACCCAGAUUCUUGGUAGGAAGCUAAUGGAUGCCCUGCAGGACACUGAUGUUGCCACACACAACGACUACACCACAAAGUCUCGCAACUACAAGCUGGGCGUGGCACAUGAGAGCAUGCAGGCUGCCAUUCAGGGCAACAUUGUCUUUGACCCCAGUAACCAGUUGCCUAGAGAGGUCUUGCUGGAAACUACUCUGAAAGCUUUUGGUUUCAACCUGGAUAUUUGGGAGGUUGGCAUGGAAGGAAAAGGCUUGGAGCCAACCAUUGAGGCUUUGUUUGGAAAGAACGGGUUCUUCCCUGACACCGUUUCCAAGGCUCUUUACUGGGCUGAAGACAUGAUGCCACCAAAGAUCAAAGAGGUUCUGGAGAAAUGGGUCGCCCCCUUAAAAUCAGAAGGCCAGAAGGUCCCAGAAAACCUUGGGAGAGAAAUUGUUCGCAACUUCAACAAGCUGGUGAAAGAUCUGCAGAGUCAAGAGUCUCCAGAGGCCAUGGCCUACCUGAGGAUCAUGGGAAAUGAGCUUGGUUAUAUCAAGGGCAAUGAACUGAACUUUAUUGCUGAGAACGUACUGAUGUAUGCAGAUAUUUUCAUCAGGAUCCUUCCUGGAAUGGUUAUGAACAAAAUGAUGUCCGGAACUGACAAUGAGAUCUUUGCCCAUUACAUCUUCAUGGACAACAAAUUCACGAUGUCAACAGCAGCUGGUUUGCCUCUGACAUUUGCUCUGUCCGGCACCUUUACUCCUGGUGCAAAGGGAGGCCUUCGCAUGUCUCCAAAUAUGAAGGAGCUAUUGUUCAUGCCCUCUGUUGGAGUUGAGUUUAUGACUCAGAUGGGAGUCCAUGUUCCAGAAUUUAUCGCGUCCACUGUUGAGAUGCAAACCAACAUAUACCAUGAGAGCAAGGUCAAUGCUAAGAUUACCAUGGAGCAGAACCAGGUCAAGCUUUCCAUCCCCGCCCCACAGGGAACCACAAAGCUCCUGAGUAUCAGCAAUAAAGUGCUGAUUGUGGGUGCUGGCCAGGCUACAAUGAUCCAACACACCGAGGGCGAUUCAAACUGCAGCCCUCUCUUCUCUGGAGUCACAUACUGCACUAAAACACUUCGUGCCAGCACUGGUGACAAGACUGCUGCUCCUUACUUCCCCCUGAAUGGAGAGACUAUGUUUGCUGUGGACCUAAAGCCCACAAACGAAGUCUCUGAGUACACAGCCACCAUUGCCUACAAGCUCCUCAGUGAAGGAAAGGAUGGCCGCCAGAAGGUUGAUUCUUUGAAGAUGGCCCUUAGAGCUGAAGGUGUUCAGGCUACUGAGGCUACAGCCACCAUGAAAUACAACAGGAACAGGAAUGUCUUCACCACUCAAGUCCAGAUUCCUGACUUUGAUGUCGAAGCUGGUGUUAAGGUUAGCAUGACUGACAGCAGCUCCAAAGGCAAAUCCAUGAUCCUCGAGAUUUCCAACAAGAACGUGCCCCAGCUCUCUUUGAUUGGUCGUGCCAACCUUCAGGCCAUGACAGAUGGCAUGCUACAGGUUCAGCUGUUAGUCCCCUCACUCAAGACUGAUGCUGCCAUCACUGCUACAAUGAGUAAAACUGAUCGAUUCACCGUGGAGAUCAAAAGUGAUGUCAAGCUCCCAGAAACUUCCUCCAUUCAGGCAGUUACAUUCAAAUAUGGUGAAGACCAGGCUGAGGUUCAGCUGGUAUCCAAUGUGAAUGCCGACACUAAGAUCCUGGUGCCUUACACAGAAGCCCUCCAGGUCUGGCUCAGGCAGUUUGGAGAAGAUGUCAUGGACCAGCAGGUUGUCAAGACUGAUAUGAAAUUGCGUCAUAUCUUCAACAAGGCAGUUGAGGCCAGCAAUAUCUGGAUGGACAAGAUCACAACUGAUGUUCCCUAUGUUGAGACUCUGAGGAAUAAUAUAGCAGAUGUGGAAAUGCCCACCAUGCCUGAAAACCUGUUCAUGAACCUUGAAAGCACAUUCAGAUACCAGUUCAACCAGGAUCAAAUGACCAUCACUAUCCCUCUGCCUCUUGGAGGCAAAUCAUCUGAGGAGCUAAGGGUACCUGCAAGGGUCACCUCCCCUCACAUCUCCUUGCCUCAGGUGGGCAUGGAUAUUUCCCCACGGGAGAUCCAAAUCCCCACUUUUACCAUCCCUUCUGAAUAUGAUCUCACCCUGCCUCUGAUGGGAAUGGUGGAAGUGUCUGCCAAAGUUAACAGCAACUAUUAUAACUGGGAGGCAACAGUCUCUGCCGGAAACAACACAGCUGAGUCUCCAAGCUACCUGGCGCAGUUCAACAUCAUGGCUGAGAGCCCAGUCAAACUCCUGUCUUUCUCAACUGAGGGAACUACGAAAAUCACUGAUACAGCAGAGAAAACUAUGAAAUUCUCCAUGGAUGGCUCACUGAAACACAUGCUUGUGAACACAGGUUUUAAUUUGCUGGAAACCAUUGCUGUCACAGACAAUGUACGAUCAACUGGAAGGUACAACAUCUAUGCUGUCGCCCCUCUGGGUCUGGACACUUCUCUGACUAUUACCACCCAGUUCACCCUAGACUCCAACAUCCUCUCUGGAGACAUCAACACAGAUGGAAGUGUUUCUGUUGGACCCAUGACUGCUAGCACCACCUAUCUCCACACCUUCUCUAUCGAGCCAUUGAAGAAAGAGGCAAGACUGGAGAGUACACUGAGGGUGAACUCUGAAAUCCUAAAGAUUUCGAACAAGGUCAAGGCAUCAUAUGCCAAUGAGGAACUUCUUAUUGAGUCUAACACCAACAUGCACAGUAACCCCAUCAAGCACACCACUAAAAUGAGCCUGAGCUACAAGGAUGUCAAACUUACCAUCCAGUCUGACUCUGUGACCAAGGCUAAUGAGAGAAUGCUUCGUAGUCAGAUGGAGUUCUCUUCUACUAAUGGACAGGCCAGUCUCAGGAUUGAGAAUCAAGCUGAUGAUACAGAGAACCGUGCCUACUCUCUGAUCACUGGGUCCAUCAACCCCUCUGGUUUGGAGGUCAACACUGAUGCCUCCAUGAACAUCUUUUCAAGCCUUGCCUCUCACAAGGCAACCUUGGCCCUGACCAUGAAUGGCCUAACCACCAGUUGUACAACAACUGCCCAGCACAGCCCAAUGACCUUUGAGAAUGUUUUCCAUGGUGGAGUUGAUACAUCUGGUGCUACCAUUUCUCUCACCACAAAGGGAGCCAUUAAAGACAACAAAGCUGAGCUUAAUAUUGAGGGGAAAAUUGCAAGCACAGAAGUCUAUUGCAACAGCAUCUUUAAGGGUAACCUCUUUGACAUCAACACCAUGAAUAGAAUGAACCUUAGAGUGAAUGAAGAUGGCCUGAUUAUCUCCAACAACAUGGUUGGAUCUUUAAAUGAAAUGAGGACUGAAAAUACCCAUACACUGACUCUUGCGCUGAAAUCCUUUACCCUUCGCUCCAAGACUGACAACGUCCUUGACAAGAGGAACUCCUACAUGCAUGACAUCACAGUUAACAUGGAGCCUUACACCGCCUCUGUUAUUGUAAAAAAUGACAUGAAGAUCAUGGAGAUUACCUUUAUGAAUGAUGGCCAGUUCAAGGUAGAGCCCUACAACAUGGAGCUAACUGGAACAAUGAUGGGAGGUUUCUCAGAGGAAGAGCUCAAGCACACAUACGAAAUCAAGUUUGUUGACAUGGUCUUGUCUGCAAAGUGCAAUACAAAUGGUAAACUCCUGGGAUCUCACAUGACACAUACCACUGAUAUGGAGAUUGCUGGUCUGACCAUGAAGUUCAACAAUGUGGCUAACUUAAACUCACCAUCUCUUCGUCUGGAUAGCACAGUCAAAACUGUUGCUGCGCCCUUCACUCUGACCAUUGAUGCCAUUUUCAACUCAGAUGGAGCAGUGGAUCUGUAUGGACAACAGAGUGGCGAACUGUACAGCAAAUUCCUCCUGAAAGCUGAACCCAUUCUGUUCACACAUUCAUUUGAGUACAGAGCUUCAACCACCCAUGAACUGGAAGGCAGACCUACUAUCAAGACAAACAUGGAGAACAAGUUCAACAGUAUGCUUAGCUUACGAGAGCAAAGUGUCACACUGAAGAUGAAAUCCAAAGUAGAUCAGCACACUUUCGAUGAAGAAAUUAGUGCUUACAACAAUGCUGAGAAAAUGGGUAUUGAGGUGGCAGGUGUAAUGUCAACCCCCUUCUUCAGUGAGGCCAGUCAAGAUUAUUCGAUCUCUGGAUUUUUGAAAUAUGACAAAAACAGUGACAGCCACUUCAUCCAGAUCCCAUUUAUUGAGCACCUUCCUGCAGUCAUUGAAAACAUGAAGACCACAAUGAUGAGACUGAUGGACCAGAGCAUUGAGAUGCUGAAAGACAUCAACAACAAGUAUGAGAUCAGUGUCAAGUUGCAGAACAAAGUGUCAGAGCUUAAGGAUGUCAUUGACAACUUUGAUUUUAACCUCUUUGUCCAAGACUUCAGAAAGUUUAUCAACUCAAUCGAAAAUUUCAUGACCAACCUGACAGCCAAGUUCCCAACUGACAAAAUCAUGGAUGUCCUGAAAUCCACCAAGGAUGCUGUCAUGGCUUGGAUCAAGAAACAUAACAUCGCAAACAAGUUCAAUGUAACUUAUGCCAAAAUAGAAGAAAUCCUCUCCAAAUAUGAGGUUGAGAAGAUGAUUGGGGCCCUCAUGGAUGAGAUUGUCAAAAUUAUGAAGCAGUAUCAGGUGAGGGAAAAGAUUCAGUCUGCAUUUGAUGCUCUUAGAUCAAUUGACGUCCAGCCUUUGUUCAAGAAAGCUCUGGCACCCGUUCAGGAGCUUGUGAAUGAACUUUAUUCCUUUGACUUCAAACAACUGAUUGAAGACAUGAGUAAUUAUUUCUUGAAAAUGGUCCAGAAUAUUAAAUCUUUUGAUUAUGACACAUUAACUAUGGAGCUGAAAGAGAAGAUAACAGAUAUGACCAAAAUUCCCUGUUUUGGAAAGCUCUAUGGAGAGUUCAGGGUUACAUCACCCCAUUACAAACUCAGGACCACUGCUGACCUAGAGAACACCACAACUACAUCAGUCACACCAGAGUUCAAAAUGAACCUUAACUCACAGGCUACAUCUACUUUGAAAAUCCUUGACUUCACCGUUGAUGCCAGUGCACAUUUUGCGUUGCCCAAGAUGAGUAGUCUGUCCAUUUCUGAGAACAUCAAUGUUGACCAGUCCUGUUUCACACUUGACCACAAGGGAACAAUGACAAUCUAUGGUCUUACAGCUCAAGCUUCUGCUGAAACUACUGCAAAGAUCACAACUGAGCUCUAUUCUGCAAAUCUUGGCAACAAAGCAUUAUUUGCCACGGAAAAUGGAGUUUCUGCCACUAUGGAGACUGGCUACAAUCAAAAUAUCUACAAUCCUCUCCUUAACAUUUUUUCAGAAACAAGAAUGAAUCAAAAGAUAGUUUUCCUCCUUGAGGCUGGCACUGCCCGUCUGACCUUUAACAAUCUUGCUAAUGGAAAAUAUUCAGUUGAUGACAUCUCAAAUGAGGGAACCCACAAUAGUGACAUGGAAGUAGUCAUGGAUCUCCACACAUUCAAAGUAACUUUCAAUGGAGAAACAGGAGGAAGCAACUUCAAAAUUAAUCAAAAUUUGGUUGCUGAUAUCUGCAUAUUCCGUCACAUGAUUAUUGAAGCCAAGGUUGAGACAGAGACGCCUUUCAUGAAGGGCAGCGUUGCAGAAGUCAAGUUCCAGGCUAAAGUUGAAGACAUGAAAAUUGAUUUCACUGCCUCUCAUAGUGCACAGCUGAUCGGAAAAGUUGAGGGAACUCUCUCAAGCUCUGCCCUUGCUUUGAUCACACCUAAUGAGCUUAUGUUUGACACUAAGAAUAAGGGAAAUGCCAAGGUUGCUCUUCCAUUCAAGCUGUCUGGAAAGGUGGAUCUCCAGAAUGACAUCGCUCUUACCCUUAACUCUGAAGUUCAGCAAGCUAGCUGGACAGGCAUGACUAGAUUCAACCAGUACAAAUACUCCCAUUAUUUUACCAUGGACAAUGAGGAGAAAGAAAUUCACAUAUUUUCCCAGAUUAAUGGAGAAGCAAACCUUGAUGUAUUGAAGGAACCUAUCACAAUUCCUGAAAUGACAAUGCCAUUUGUUGGUACGAAGACACCAAGAGUGGACGCUUUCUCACUGUGGGAAGAUACUGGACUGAGCUACCUCCUAACCACCACUCAGCAGACAUUUGAAAUGAACUCCAAGUUGAGGUACAGGAAGAACCCUGAGGUGAUUACCAUUGACAUUAAUGUGGAUCCAAUCAUCAAUGUCAUUAAUACCAACGUCAAGACUCUGCACAAAAAAGUGCUCAUCAGCAAGGAUAAGGCUGCUGCCAUUCUAGCUACAUCUUAUGGCAAAGCAAAGGCAGAGUAUGAAAAAUAUAGCAUUGAGUUGCCCAAAACCAUUACAGUGCCUGCCUACAAAGUUCCAGUGAUGAAUGUUGAGGUGUCUACAUUUACCAUUCCCCUGCCUGACUUCAGUCUCAUCACAAUGCCUGCUCUGCAUGUUCCAUCUGCCUUGAGUAAGCUGACUCUUCCAAAAAUUACUCUGCCUAAAAUUCAGAGUAUCAAGAUCCCAGUAAUGGGUGAUCUGAUCCAUGAGUUUUCCAUGAAGACAGCAAUCAUCACACUCAAAACUGAUGCUAGCAUCCUCAACAAGGACAACUUCAUAAUCCAACUUGAUGCUUCCUCAUCCUCUGAAUUUGAGAUUCUGACUGGAAAGAUUCAGGGCAACAUCAACCUGAACAAAGCCGGAGGAUUCAAAUUAUCCUCUCUCCUCUCUGUAAAACAUUCAAUGGUAGAGGGAAACCAUGAGAGUGCAAUCAUCUUAAAUUAUGAAAAUGUACAAGCCUCCAUCACCAAUUCAGCAAAGGUCAAUCUACCUGACCUGACAAUGGAAAUCUACCAAGAGAUUACUGGCAAUCCCGAUGAAGGCCUGGUUGUCUCUAUGUCCACUCCAUCUGCGGGACUCAUUGCAGUUCAAAUGCAGACUAAGCGACCAGUACAACUCAAGACAAGACUCUAUGGUCGCUACCCGUCUGAGCCAACAACAGACAUUGAUAUAUUGGGUCUGAAGAUGUCUGUGAUGAGCUCUGAGAAGCUGAACAUUCAGACAACCUGGAAUAUGGAGAUGCCGUAUGAGAUGAUGCUGGGACUGAAGAAACAGGUGCCCACAGUCAUGGAGAUGGUGUCUGACCCUGCUGUCAUUACAUACAACGAAAUCUACAGAUAUACUGGAAGGCUUGGGGAUUCCAUUGAACAGGCUAAAAAGCAGGGCAAAGUGGUGUUCAAGAGGGCUGUUGACAAGCUUGCAGAAGUAAACCCCUCUAAUGUUGUAACAGCUGUCACUGAUAAGACCAUGUGGAUCCUCAAAAAGUACCAAAAGAAAGUUGAAACUAUUCUUGAUGCUGUUGUUCAGUUCCUGAGAGAGACCACGUUCCAGAUCCCUGGGUAUGAACAGAGAAUGUCUGGGCUUGAGAUGUACCAGACAUUUAGUGCAUUUGUUGCUGAUGUAUCUGAGGAAGCUGUUCUAAGGAUUCCUGAGUAUUUUGCCUCUAUCUUUACAUCAGUCCUUGAUUAUUUCCGAGCCAUUGAAUUCAGCCUUCCUGGCUCAAAUCACAUUGUUAGUGGAAGGGAAAUUAUUGAUGAUUUGUCUGUAGCUAUGAGGACAAUCCAGGACAGAGUGAUUCUCACUUUGAGGAAACUAGGCAAUAUUCAAUUGGAAGACAUUAUUGAGAGAUUUUCAGCAAGCAUGCAAUUUGCUCUUGAACAAAGUGAGAGGUUUCUCCAAACCCUAAAAUCUCAGAAUGUAGAGAAGCUCUCUGCUUUUUUUACUGAUGUGUACAAUGAUGUCAGCAGCUACCCUGUCCUAGCUGAAGUUGCCAAUCAGUAUGAAGAGGUCUGCAGAAUUGUUAUGGAAUAUCUAAAAACUGUGAGGGCUAAAAUCAACCUUAUUUUGACUGACAUGUCUAGUGAACAGCUUCAAGUUGACAUCCAGUUCUGGAUUGACUCUUUGGUAAAACGUAUGAAUGCAUUCCAAAACAAUGCCAUUGAGACCCUUAAGGAGAAAAGCAAAAAUGUAGAACCCUUCGUGAGAGUUAGUGACAGACAGGUGGAUAUUGACAUCCCUUUACCAUUUGUUACCAAGCUCAACUAAAUGACUGUGGCAAAAAAUAUAUAAUAGUGUUUGAAUUGAUUGUAUCUGUUGUGUAACCAUCAAGACAACAGUAAAUCUGUUCUACAAAGCUGCAUGUUAACAAGUAUUGUCUGUUCCCAAGAUUCUUGUCUCCUUACUUAUUUUCUUCAUUUUUGUUGUGAUCUUACUGUGCUAACUUUGUGUGUUGUACUAUUUAAAAGCACCAUGUGGGCUUCAAUAAAUUCUUCUUGCAUAUAAUUGAA